GUCUAUGCUACCUCCCCCGGGCUGGGCUAGGCGGGACCGGGGGCUGUGGGUUCCGCAGGGGCUGCAGGUCAGGCUGGAUCGCGCAUCGAUCGCUGCUCCGCGCUGCCUGCACGAAGAAGCGGCCGCACGGGCAGGCGAAAAAUUAGAUUUUGAUUUCAAGAGCUGGAACAAAAUAUUAUGUUAAAUGUUAAAUGAUGGCAACCGGUGACUUAAAGAGAAGCUUACGGAAGUUAGAACAAGUGCUUCGCUCACUAAAUUAUCCUAAAGAGGUGGAUUGUCUAGGUUUGGUAAAGGGUGAUACGGCCGCCUCUCUGCCCAUCAUCAGCUAUUCCCUUACCUCAUACUCGCCUUAUAUCGCGGAACUCCUGCUGGAAUCCAACGUAGAGCUCCUGGCCAAGAAUGACUUGUGCUUUAUAGACACUGUUUAUAAGCUUCUUCGUGAUCAGUUUAAUUAUAAACCAAUCUUGACGAAAAAGCAAUUUCUCCAGUCUGGAUUUGCAGAGUGGAAAAUCCAGAUUAUUUGUGAUAUUUUGAAUUAUGUGAUGAAAAAGCACAAGGAGUUGGCUGGUUCUGAGAAGUCGCAAACACAACAAAGAAAGAAAAGCAGUUCUAAUAAGCCAGAACCUGCAAAAACCAGUGAGAUAUUAUCUGCAGAAUCCGUUGGCAUUGAUAUCACGGGCAGGUUUAUGACUUCAGGGAAGAAGCAAGCUCUGGUGAUCCGUCACUUGUAUAAUGAAGAUGCUAUUAAUGUUCCCGAUGAACCAUUAGCACCUGUCAUGAAGACUAGUGAAAUCUGUGAUACGUGUGAUGCAAAAGCUUCUGAAAUAAAGAAACCUGAAAUGAAGGAUGCUGAAGUCAAUACUGACCAAGAAGAUUUAAAACUUGAUCCCAAGAUUAUAGCACUGCAGACUAUGCUCACUGAAUGCCAAGAGAAGCUCGAGAAAUUGGCUUUUAUCGAGAGCAGAAUAGACUCCUUAGAAGAGAAACUGAAAGGACAGGUGAUGGUGAAUGAGAAAUCCUGGACCAACCUUAUGAGUCGCGUCACCCUUCUUGAAACAGAAUUGCUUUUGUUUAAAAAGAAGGAUGAAUCUGAGAAGUAUAAUGAAAUGUGUGAAAACUCGGCAUCUAGAAGUGACAUGGAAAGCCAGAGCCCUGUUUCCCCAUUGGUUAUGGCUCCAAGGAACUCAGCUGUGACUUACUGUGGUGUGAGAGAUUUCUCAGAGGAAACAGCAAUCCAGAAAAUGGAAAGGAUGAAAAAAAUGUUUGAGGAAACUGCAGAAUUACUGAAAUUUCCAAAUCACUAAUUAUAGAAAUUGCUUCAUAGCUUCCCUGGGACUUUGAUUUCUGUACAUGUUGUACAUUUUAAUAUAAAAUUUUAAUAUACUACAAUAUUUUUAUGAAGAAUUUGAAUUCCACUUGACAUAAGAGCUUUUCCACCCAGUACUGAAUAAAUAUGAUCUAUUUUUGUUCCAG